AUGCAAAAUUGUCAUGAAAUUCCCACGAAUCGACUCUAUACCAAACUCCAGCACCGCUCCACCGCCGCGAAUCUACACAGUCCCGACGCCGCCGCCGCCGGAGGCGACUCUUCCACCACCUCCGCGGGCGGCAGAACCCUCCCGUCGGCAAACAGGGCUCGCCCAUUCCUCGGCGCAUCCUGCACAAGCCCUUCCUCCAGUUCCGCCGCCGGACCUCCUUCCCCGAACCUCCUCCUCUCCACCUCCAAAUACUGGCCGAGUGAAGCCCUCCCGGCGUCGCAAUCGUCCCCGCACAGGCUCCACCACCUCCGCCUCUGCCGCGCCUCGGCCGCCUCCGCCCUGCCCCUGGGAUUCGCGACUCUCCGGCCGCCGCUCACGGCGGAGGCGGGGUUCUCCUGCUGGAGGUUCUGGGACGAGGCUCUGAAAGUGAUGGCUUGGAGGGUGACGCCCAUGAGACUCCCCAGUGAGGUGCUCCGGUCGGGGAAGAAUGAGCCUGUCGACUGUUGA